GGGGAACUGGAAAUUUUCUCGAGAAAAUUAGGAGAUUUUCCCAGAAAGUGGGAAAGGGAAGGGAUAAUGAUCGCCGAAGGAAUUGGAAGGAAGGGAAGAAGGCCAGCGAGGGAUGAUUUUAGAAAAAGGAAAAAUGAAGAUCAUUGUACAGGAAUUUCCUGCUGGACAAAACACCCCAAAUUUGUCCAUUGUUUGUUCCUCUGCCCCAAAUUUGUAAUUCCUUUGUUUUAUUUAACAUCCCCAACUGUAUGAUGAAAUGCCAAAUCGAGAGAGAAACCAUUCUGAAUUGAAGAACAUUCCCACCAUGUUCUUCCUCCGACCCGCCUCCCUUAUCUCCCUUCUUCUUCUCUCUCUUUCCCUCUUCUCCCAUUCUUCCAUCACCGCCAUUCCCAUCUCCGAGAACUCUGGUGGGGUAGAGGUUUUUAAGGUCUCGGAGCCAUGGAGGAGUCGGAGAAGCCUUGCGGAACAGAACCCUGCUGCGAACUCGUCUCUGAUUUUGGCGAGGGAAAGAACUAACAGGACAGACCCCCUUGCAAAUUUUAAACCAUAUACGGGUGGAUGGAAUAUCGGCAACAAACAUUAUUGGGCUUCUGUUGGUCUUACUGCUGCUCCCUUAUUUGCCACUGCUAUUGCCUGGUUCAUGCUCUUUGCGAUAUGCUUGUUGAUCAUCUGUCUUUGUCGUUGCUGUUGUCCGAGGGAGCCUUAUGGCUAUUCUCGAACAGCCUAUGCCUUCUCCCUUGCGUUCCUCGUAUUCUUGACCAUCCCAGUAACUCUCGGAUGCAUAGUGUUCUACGUUGGUCAAGGCCAGUUUCAUUUCCAUAUAUCAAGCACGUUGGACUAUCUAGUACAUCAGGCAGAUUUCAUAGCUGAAAAUCUCGAGGAUGUGUCCGUUCACCUUUCUGCAGCAAAAUCCAUUGGAGUCAAUUCCAUAGUUCUGCCUGAAGACAUCCAGGAAGGAAUUGACGACAUGGACUCAACUAUCAGUUCUGUUUCUUCCGUUCUUACCAAUACAACUGCUGCUAGCUCUAACAGCAUACAGAAAGUCUUGGAUACAACGCGAAUCAUGCUCAUUUGUGUUGCUGUUGUUAUGCUCGCAUUGGCAUUUGUUGGAUUCUUAUGUUCCAUUUUGGGAUUGCAGUGUAUUGUAUACAGCUUGGCAAUCCUUGGCUGGAUUCUUGUUACGGUCACGUUCGUUCUGUGCGCGGUUUCUCUUCUUCUAAAUAAUGUGAUUGGAGAUACGUGUGUUGCGAUGGAAGAUUGGCUGCAGAAUCCCACAGCCCACACAGCAUUAGAUGAGAUUCUUCCUUGUGUCGAAAAGGCCACUGCCAAAGAAAUUCAGACUGUAACCAUGAAUGUGAACUACCAGCUCGUCAGAUUGGUCAAUGGAGUGAUCAACACACUCGCAAAUGCCAACCCUCCUCCAGAUGUCAAGCCCCCUAUGAACUAUAACCAAUCUGGCCCGUCGGUGCCACCCCUUUGCGUUCCGUUCAAUUCCGAUCUCACCGACCGAAACUGCUCGGCUAAUGAAGUAGAACCGAGCAAAGCUCCCAAGGUUUGGGGGGAUUUCACUUGUCAAGUUUCAGGCAAUGACAUUUGCGCCACAACUGGCCGGUUGACCCCAACAUUGUACAACCAAAUGACAUCUGCAGCAAGCGUGAGUUAUGGUUUGUAUCGGUUUGGACCGUUCUUUGUGGACCUCGUAGAUUGUACAUUUGUUCGUCAAGUGUUUAUGGACAUCAGUAAAAAUCAUUGCCCUGGCCUCCGACUGUUCAUGGAAUUGACAUACGUUGGGUUGCUUAUGAUGUCUGGUUCUGUCAUGCUCUCCCUGAUCUUCUGGAUUAUAUAUGCAAGAGAGCGACGACAUCGAGUCUAUACUAAGCAAUUUAUUGCACGAACUCGCAGCUAGAU